AUGACGAAAGAUAAUGAAGGAGCGUUCUACAAGAAUGCACGUAAAGAUCCUCGUCGAAGUGGCGCUAUUGUUCCUAUUGGUGCUGUUCGCGUUUACAAGUUCGAUGUUCUACAGAACAGUGCUCCCACUCAUAUAGACCCAGAUUGCUUGACCUACCCCUACCAUUCUGCCGUCGACGUACAAAAGGACAUAUAUUCGGGACUGUUUGGUCCCAUGGUCAUUUGCAAGCCAGGAACUUUGACCAAAUCAGGAACUCAGAAACUAUUUGAUCGGGAAUUCUUCCUUAACUGGAUGGUAAUUGAUGAAAACCUUUCUUGGUACAUCGACAAGAAUAUACAAACAUUCACAACAAUGCCAUGGACAGUCAACAAGAAAGACCGGUCGUCCGUAUCUUCCAAUCAAAUGAGAGCAAUCAAUGGCUACUCUUUUGGGACGUUACCCGGUCUUGAUGUUUGUCUUGGAGACCGAGUUGCAUGGCACAUGUACGGACUUGGGGAACGUUUCGACCAUCACCACUUCACAUUUGAUUCCAACAACUUCCAUUCGGAUGGACGACAAGUCGACGCAGCGUCCGUGUUUCCUGGUGUCGGGAUAACAGUCAAAAUGAUCCUUGAUCAAGCUGGUCGUCAUCUUUUGCGCACGGGUCAACUCGGAUACGAGAGUGAAGGGAUGUUUGCAUUUUAUAACGCUCAUGUCUGCUCCCCUGCUUCUCCUAAGAUUGUUCCACAACCAAAACUCGUCCCAAAAGCCAAUGGAAUAACCCGACGAUACUUUAUUGCCGCUGUAGAAGUCGACUGGGACUAUGCUCCCGUGAAAAUACAUCCCCUUACAGGAGAAAGUUUGCUGAACCCAAACAGUUCCUCUUAUUUGUAUAUUCGUGGAGGACCAAACUUCGUCGGCACUAUCUAUAGAAAAGCCAUUUAUAGAAAAUUCACUGAUGUAACAUUCUCACAAAUUGUACCCCAACGCGAAAGCCUCGGAAUCCUUGGGCCGUAUAUUCGCGGCAACGUUGGCGAUACAAUAGAAGUAUUCUUUAAGAACAUGGCAUCGUUUCCUUUCAAUCUUGUUCCCCGAAACCUUCCAUUUGCCGACGGGUCAGAGAUCAGCUCUGCAUUGCCAACCCUUCCCGGGCAAAUUAAACUUUACCGCUAUAUUGUUCCAGAGAGGUCAGGACCGAAAUUGAAUGAACCAAACUGUGUAGGGUCCAUGUAUACAUCUCGAGUAACUCCUCUAAACGACACGUACAGUGGGCUCCUGGGUCCGGUCGUUAUAUGCAGGCCAGGAAUCCUUGACAUAAAUUAUCAAAGGUCGGAUAAAGUGACAACCGAGUUUGCAACUGCCUUUGUCAUUUUUAAUGAAAAUCUUAGUCACUACAGCACUUAUAACUUUGCAACAAGUUUGGAUUUUGCGAAAGGAGAAAGGACAGCAUGGUACAUCUUUGGAAUGGGCUCGACCUUUGGUAUCCAUACAGUACAUUUCCACGGACAGCUGUACAUCCGCCGGACGUCACAAACAUUACGAGGAGAUGUUCUCGAGGUUUUUGCUGGCACGUACGAAACUGUGGAGAUGGCAGGGUACAAUCCGGGAACGUGGCUUUUCCAUUGUCACGUGAGUCUACACUCAGCUUCUGGCAUGGAAACUGUUUACACAAUCCACCCUAGAAAGCUCAAAGUUUAUGGAAAUAAACACUCUCUCAAGCCACGCUAUUACCCCCGUGUCUUACAACAGCUUAUAUAUUAA